AUGUCUGCACACCGUUGCAUAGUCCCUGCAACAGUGGUGGAACGUGCGUUCGCACAAACUUCAUUGCAAAUGCAGGCCACGCUAAGGUCGGCCCUGCAGGGCCGCCUCUCGGAGACGACGCAGCACAUGACGCCUCUGACAAUAUUGGAAAAUAUCAUCCGGAAGUUCCAGCGUUUGGGUCGCACCCCGCUCGGCAAGGAAAGGACAGAGCAGUUCGCGGCGCGCAGCGCCCCUCGCCCGAAGGAAACGCCCAUGCGCCAAGGCAGCCCUCGGCGUCGCGACGUCGGCCCCAGGGCCUCGGCGAGGGCCGAGAUCGCGGACUGCCCUGGCCAGGCGCGGCGGCGGUGCCUUCUUCGGAGGCCCAUGCAAAUCUGA